UCUCUUAGCCGACCGAGAGGCAUAAACCUUUCCGGCGUUCCGCGCUAAACAGUUCGAUUUAGGGUUUAAAGGGGGAUUAGCAACCGCCAAAAAUCCAAAUCGAAUUAUGUUCGUGAAGUUUGAUUAGAGCACACCAGUCGAAGAUCAAUAUUUUUUCACCUGAAAAAUGGAGAUCGACAUGGAGACAUCCCCAAGCUAUUUCAAUCCUGAAGACCUCACUAUCAGAGAACCCUAUCGGAGAUAUGGGAAAAGACACUCAACUUCAGGUCGAUCACCCCAUCAAGAACAGUCAUUUCCAAGAUCUGGUGGGACAAAGAUUUUCUCUGAUGGGAAGAGUGUCAGAAGACAUCCCAAUGCUGCACUUUUUCUUGAAGAUAUCAAGCUUGAGGCUCAGAGUGUCGAUUCUGAUAGCUUAGAUGGAGCAUCUGGAAUUUCUUCUAGAUUAAAACGAAAAUCAGCUACUAAUGUUCAUGGCACUUAUGAUGGAGAGAAUGUUACGGAGUCGUUUCGUCAGUCUGCAAAGCAUUCACUGAACUCUUAUAAACAGGAGGAUGAUACUUUGGUUGAAGGAAAAGAUACAACCUUAAAUUUGUUUGCGUCUCUGCUUGAUUCCGCUCUAAAAGGUUCAAUGCCUAUCCCCGACUUGAUUUUGCAGUUUGAAGAAACUUGCAGAGACUUGUCUGAGACCAUCAGAUAUGGAGCAAAUGAAAGACACCGUAUCAUGGAGGAAAAAUUAACUAGACAAAAGUCUCAGCAAUUACUUGAUGAAGCUGCUUCGUGGUCCCUUCUUUGGUUUCUAUAUGGGAAAGAAAAUGAAGAACUUCCAGAAGAUUUAAUCCUGUCUCCAACAACAUCUCAUUUGGAGGCAUGCCAAUAUGUUGUGGCAGAUCAUACAACACAAUUAUGCCUUCGGAUAGUCAUGUGGCUGGAAGGAUUAGCCUCUAAAUCCCUUGAAUUGGAUAAGAAGGUGAGAGGUUCUCAUGUCGGUACAUAUCCGUCCAGCUCUGGAGUUUGGCAUCAUACUCAGCGCUAUCUGAAGAAAGGGGUCCCUCAACCAAAUACUAUUCAUCACUUGGACUUUGAUGCUCCAACACGUGAAUGUGCUGAACAACUACCUGAUGAUAAAAAACAAGAUGAAUCUCUUCUCGAAGAUGUAUGGGUUCUAUUGAGAGCUGGGAGGCUGGAAGAGGCUUGUGAGCUUUGCCGAUCUGCUGGUCAACCAUGGAGAGCUGCAACCCUGUGCCCCUUUGGAGGGUUAGACAUGUUUCCUUCUGUGGAAUCUCUUGUGAAAAAUGGGAAGAAUAGAGCUCUACAGGCCACUGAGCUUGAGAGUGGCAUUGGCCAUCAAUGGCGUCUUUGGAAAUGGGCAUCAUAUUGUGCAUCUGAGGCGAUUGCAGAGCAAAAUGGUAGUAAAUAUGAAACCGCAGUAUAUGCAGCUCAGUGCAGUAAUUUAAAACGCAUUCUUCCUAUAUGUACAGAUUGGGAGUCUGCAUGCUGGACGAUGGCCAAGUCAUGGCUUGAUAUUCAAGUGGACAUGCACAUAACUCGCUUACAACCUGGUGGAGUGGACCUUUGUAAACGUUUUGAGGAUGGGAUUGAUCAAAGCCCUGGAAAAAUGAAUGAGAGUUCCCCACUUGGACAUGAAAAUUGGCCCCUUCAAGUUUUGACUCAGCAACCUAGGCACCUCUCUUCACUUCUUCAGAAACUUCACUCAAGUGACCUGGUGCACGAAGCUGUUAUUCGAGGAUGCAAGGAACGACACAGGAAAAUUGAAAUGAAUUUGAUGAUGGGAGAUAUACCAAGUUUGCUCGACCUGAUAUGGUCUUUGAUAUCCCCCUCUGAUGAUGAUGCAAAUACUUUUAAGGUACAUGGUGAUGUUCAUUUGAUUCGCUUUGGUGCACACUUAGUCCUAGUAUUGAGAUAUUUGCUCGAGGAUCAAAUGAAGGAUGCUUUUCAAAGGAAGAUUGAGACUGUUGGUGAUCUGAUCCUCAACAUGUAUGCAAUGUAUUUAUUCUCAAAGCAGCAUGAAGAUCUGGUUGGCAUUUAUGCGUCUCAUCUUGCACGGCAUCGUUGCAUUGAUCUCUUUGUGCAUAUGAUGGAGUUGAGGCUAAAUAGCAGUGUGCAUACCAAGUAUAAAAUAUUUCUUUCUGCUAUGGAGUACUUGCCCUUUUCUCCUGAAGAUGAUUCAAAAGGCAGCUUCGAAGAAAUCAUUGAGAGAGUUCUGUCAAGAUCCCGCGAAGUCAAACCUGGAAAAUAUGAUAAUUCGGGUGAUGUUGCUGAACAACACCGAUUACAGAGUGUUCAGAAAGCUAUGGUGAUUCAGUGGCUCUGCUUUACACCACCCUCCACAGUUACGGAGUCUGAAAUGAUUUCUGCUAAACUUCUUCUCCAAGCAUUGUUGCAUAGCAACAUACUGUUCAGGGAGUUUGCUCUUAUUUCUAUGUGGAGGGUGCCAGCGAUGCCCACAGGUGCACAUAAAUUGCUUAGCUUCCUUGCUGAACCUCUUAAGCAGGCAAUGGAAAGGCUUUGUGCCAUGGAAGAUAUUGAUGUUUCCGAGAACUUGAGAGAGUUCCAAGACUGGAGUGAGUAUUAUUCCUGUGAUGCAACUUAUCGCAAUUGGCUGGGCAUUGAAUUAGAAAAUGUGGAGGUCCCUCCGUCUGAAUUAUCUGUCGAAGAGAAACAGAGAACAAUGAUGGCGGCCAAAGAGACACUAGAUUCAUCAUUAUUAUUACUACUGAGAGAAGACAAUCCAUGGUUGGUCCCCAUUGAGGAUCGUCUCUAUGAUUCAUCGGAGCCUUUGUUCCUCGAAUUGCAUGCCACUGCUAUUCUUUGUUACCCUUCAGGUGAACGAUUAUGCCCCGAUGCUACUGUUUGUGCAACUCUAAUGAGUGCUCUUUACUCAUCGGUGACCGAGGAAGAAGUGCUAUCACGCCAAUUGAUGGUGAAUGCCACUAUCUCAACAAGAGACAGUUACUGCAUUGAGGUUGUACUUCGCUGCAAGGCAAUUGAUGGUGAUGGGCAUGGGCUGCAUGAACUUAAUGAUGGAGGGCUUCUUGCAAAUGUACUUGCAGCUGGAUUUAAAGGGGAACUUGUUAGGUUUCAAGCUGGGGUGACUAUGGAAAUCUCAAGAUUGGAUGCAUGGUAUUCAAGCAAAGAAGCAUUCUUGGAUGGACCAGCGACAUACAUAUUGAGGGGUCUUUGUCGUAGAUGUUGCAUUCCCGAACUCAUUCUCAGGUGUAUGCAGGUUUCUGUUUCUCUGAUGGAAUCUGGUUAUGCAUCUGAAACCCAUGAUCAACUGAUUGAACUAGUUGCGGACUCAGAGACUGGAUAUCUCCAUCUUUUCAGUCCGCAACAGCUGCAGGAAUUUUUGAUGUUCGAGAGGGAAUACACAAUAUACAAAAUGGAAGUUGAAGAGGAAGAGCUUGCAUCUUGAUAUCAAAAGAGAGUUGUUUUGUCUUUUUAACUUGAUGAAUUUGUGUAACACAUGUUUGUUUGUAAUUUAUUAUGAUAAUUAGGCAGGAAUCUGUUGCUAAAUGUUUUUACACACUAGCAGUUUUAUCAUUUUUGAAUAUCCAAUUUAUUCUUAUUAACUUUUAUAGGGAAUAUCACCUUUUAAA